AGGGAGCUUCAGUCUCGCUUUGGGAAAGGAAAGGGCCAGUCGGGUGGGAGUGAUUUUGAGCGGCUGUUGCGGGAGUCUCAGAAGGAGGUCUUGCGGUUGCAGAGACAGUUGGCCUUAUCGUCAACAAGAGAGCCAGAGAUUGUGAACUACCAGGGAAAGGCCAAAACUGAGAGUGCAUUAGUUCAUGAAGAACCUCAGAUAGGCAGGUUCGAAAAGACCAAUGGUUGGGAGAAGCAUAAACCGAGUUUAACUCCUGAACACCCUGCUUUAGAACAGGAGGACCAGAGACUUCAGCAAUUGGAAACUGAGCUUUGCAAAAAAAGAAAAGAAUGUGAAAAUCUUGAGCACGAAGUACGGAAAAGACAGAAGAGAUGUCAGGAUUUGGAGAGCGAGCUGAUCGAUGUUCGAGGUAGAAAUGCACAACUAAAAGAGGAAACUGGACAUCUAAGCCAGAAGGCAGAGCUACUAGACAAGGUCCAGUCUGAGAACGAUGAGCUGAGGGAUAAUCUCUCAGCAGUAACUGCCCAACGCAAUUCAGCUCUAGAGGAGAACCAGAGACUCCAAGCCAAACUGGAUAACCUAGAGCAGGUGCUAAAGCAAAUGCGAGAGGUAGCUGAGCGACGGCAGCAUCUCGAGUCAGAACAUGAGGAGGCGCUGACCGUUCUCAGACUCAAGCAGGAUGAGGUUCAACGGCUGCAGAAGGCUCAAGUGGCUGCUAAGAAGGAACAUGAGGGGGUGGUGCAGUUACUUGAGGACUUGAUCCAGUUAGUGUAUCGGGCGGAGAGGGUAAAAGUUCGGGAGCUGGAGGAAAAAUGUCGAAGUCAGAGUGAACAGUUCGGCCUUCUGUGCCACGAACUGGAGCGAUUCCGUCUGCAGGCAGGGAAGAUUACUGUCCUGAACUCCGAAUCGGAGAACACCGCAUCAGCAGAGCUAGACCUACAACCCCAGCUGACCCUCUACAAUGGAGUGGAAGUGCCAGAGGAGAAAGAGGUGGAAGCAGCUCCCCACCCUGCUCCUGCUUCCCCAGAAGCAGAGACUCCUAAGGAAGAACCCGUUUCAGAGGAGGUGUCUGUUCAGCACCAAGAGACCACAGCGGUCAGCACGGAAUCAGCAGAGGAGGAACCAACUCCCACUACUCCCAUAUCUGAACCACAGCAAGUCACUCCCAAACUGGAGUCCUUUCAGCACAGCACCCCAAAGUCCUGCCCUACUCCCGAGGUGGACACAGCGAGUGAAGUUGAGGAGCUGGAUAUCGAUGUGUCCCCGAUACCUGAACCUGAGCGCCGAGCCCCUGCUAAGUUGCAGGUUUUCAUUGCACGAUACAGUUACAAUCCUUUUGAUGGUCCAAAUGAAAACCCUGAGGCUGAGCUUCCCCUCACUGCUGGAGAGUACAUCUAUGCGUGUGGAGAUAUGGACGAGGAUGGCUUUUAUGAAGGGGAGCUGAUGGACGGGCGCAGAGGGCUGGUCCCAUCUAACUUUGUGGAGCGAGUGUCCGACGAUGACAUGAUGAGCUUUCACCCGCCGGAGGUCAGCGACAUUUCCCACAAUUCCUACCAGGAAAGCAGCUUCCACAGCAGCAGCGAGAAGAACCUCCGCCUGAGUGUGAACAGCUCGGACAAGACGGAGCUUUCCGUGCCGGAGGAGGAGGAGAGGAGCCCAUCCCUGGGAAAAGAGGGGAGCCUGAUAGCCAACGGGUAUGACCUAGACAUGGAAGAGGUAGGGGAUGACACAGUACCUUACCCACGACGGCUGACUUUAAUCAAACAGCUUGCUAAGAGCAUCAUCAUAAGCUGGGACCCUCCGCUGGUGCCAGCUGGUUGGGGGAACGUCUGGAGUUACAACGUCUAUGUGGAUAAAGAGUUAAGACUGAAUGUCCCGUUCGGCUCCCAGACCAAAGCAGUUCUAGAACGGCUGGACGUAAAACUCAAGACCUAUCGAAUCUCUGUACAGAGCCUGACGGAGAAAGGGAACUCGGAUCUACUGCAGUGCAGCUUUCUGGUGGGGCAGAACGUCUGUGUGGCCCCAACGCAGCUGAAAGCAGAGAAUGUGACGGCAACUUCAGCCACCCUCACCUGGUUGCCAAGCAACAGUAACUACGUGCACGCAGUGUCUUUAAAUGAGGAGGAGUAUGAGGUAGUGAAGGCUGGGUGCUACUCGUACUGUCUCAGUAAUCUGAGGCCAAACAUGAGGUACAAAGUGAAAGUGGAGGCCAGGCCACUGCGGAUGACAUGGGAGUUACCUUUGGAACAAUGGGAGCGCAAAUGUACCGUGACUGAGUUUACUACCUUGAUGGCAGGGCCUCCCGAUGCCCCCCUGGACAUACAGGUGGAGUCCGGCCCCUCCCCUGGAAUAGUCCUAGUCAGCUGGUUACCGGUGACCAUUGAUGCAGCAGGCACGUCUAACGGGGUCCGUGUUACAGGAUAUGCCAUCUACACAGACACGCAGAAGGUUUUAGAAGUUGCCUCUCCUACCGCUGGGAGUGUGCUGGUGGGCCCAUCCCAAAUCCACUUUCUCCAGGUGGCCAAGGAAUUAACGGUCCGGACAAUGUCUCCGUAUGGAGAAUCGGUCGAUUCCGUGCCUGUCAAAAUCCCAUCACAGUUGUUUUGCCCCACAGCCCACUGCCAGCCUCUGCAAAUGCUCCCCAGUGCCAGCAGCAACUCUGAUGUGUGUGUCCAUACUGUACCACCGUACAGCGACUCUGUGGAGAACACGAUAGCCAAAACCCCAGCACUGCAUACUGUGCUGCUCCUCUCUCCUCCACUAGGUGCCACCCCCAGCUCUGAGGUGGCUGAACCCCAUGUUCCCAGUAGCAACACAGGUGUCAUCUGCAAGGAAGACAGCACUCUCCACACAGAUGCAAGAACCGAUCCUUUAUUGGACGCUACCUCAGUAUCCAACACUGUUACAGAGGGGGACUUGAUGCCGGUAGCAUUCCAUGAGGCUGACAUCCCCCAAGAAGAUUUAACCAAAGACUCUGAAAACAGUGGUGUGAAAUGCCCUACUGCUACCAUUUCUGACUUUCUGGAAGAAGCUGAAAGGACGGAAGCCACUGACAGCUCUGCAGCUGACGUGGCUGUGGACCGUUCUGACAGCUUGCUGACAGAUGGGGCUGGUGCAGAGGCUGGUGCAGACACUGCUGCCCUUGUAGGCAGACCCAUCCAAACACUGGAAGCUGUAGAUUCAGAGCAAGAGGAAGAAGAGGAGAGCUUCAGGGGCAAGGUCAGGCAAGUGUCUAUAGAGGAGUUCCUGGACAACACCCAGGAGGAAUCUGAGCUCAAAUGCAAACCAGAGCAGGAAGAGAGUCACCUUAAGGGACCCGAAAAAGAAAAGGAGGAGUGUCUUGAGCUUCCGGAGCCCAGGAGAGACCUUCGGCUGAAUGAAUACCGGGCUGAGAGCAGCCGUGGCUCUGACCUGUCCGAUAUCCUGGAGGAGGAUGAGGAGGAGCUGUGCUCGGACACGCCAGUUAACGAGGAAGGAGAGGAGCCAGCAAGCGGCCACAGCAUUGGAGAGGCAGGAAAGUCGGACAUUUGGGAGACGGACAGCGACGAGGAGAUCCUAGCGAAGAUCCUGGAGCAAACCCACCGCAGCAAGGCGCUCUUCAGCAUCCUUGAGGUCACCGAGGAAGAGGACGAGAGCCAGGAGCUGGAGGAAGGGGAGCAGCACAGUAGCACAGAGAUGCCAAGUCAUGGGUUGGAAGAAAGGGCUUCCAUCCCAGAGACUUAUAACUGUGAGAACAAAUCAUCAGCAAAUCCCAGGUUUCCAGGAGAAGACCGCAUUAACCACAGUGAGGUGUGCAACACUAAAAGCAAACUCAACGCUUCCGAAGAAGCAACACACUUUAAUCACAAAACACACCACACGUGGGAGCAGAGCUCACAUCUUCUGAGUCAGACCUGUGAAAACGAAUCACAAGACCACGUCAGGUACAGUACUUCACAUGGCAGGAACAAGCUUCACACUCACAAGGACCAUAACUCUACCUCCCUUGAUGCUGGGAGCAAAACCUGCAAGUUUCCAGAGGAAGAUUUUGACUCGGAGGGCAGCAUUUACAUACAGGACAGGGAGCCAAGGGUCAGGAGAGCCCACAACAGGGAACAAAAAGGGAGGCAUUUCUUAAAAGAAAGUGCUGAUAAGACAUUAUGCGGUAGCCCAAGGAUGAGACGAGAAGCUCUGCUGAUGAGGCAAAGGGACAUAAUUUCUUCCGAACUGCUAAAAACGAAAUUAGCACAGAGCAAAUAUUACAAUACCAAAGGCGCAAGAAGGAAUACGCAUUCCACUGCUAAUGGGAUUGAAAUUGAUAUAGAAUACGGUACCGAGGACGAUGAGGACACUCUCCCCAGUGGUCCAGAGGAGGUCCAUUUCGGGCAGAUGCGGGCCGGCUGGUGUGGGGAAUGCCCUGAAUCAGAGGGCUGUGAGGAACUGAGCGACUGCUCCAGCCAGUGUGACUCUGUGCAGUCAAACGGGCACAAGAGGGAGCUGAAGAGGCAAGACGUGGUGGACGACGAUGUGUCUGGCGCUAAAUCGCCCCAUCACCACCGUCGCAACAGAGGUAUUCCUGAGACACUAAGCCCCCUCGAGAGAGAGAAAGGGAGCACCGAAGGUGGAGAAAUCUGGAUGCUUGAUUUACAGAAGACAUUAGGGCGGAGAGCAAAACCUGAGCAUAGGGUGAUGGGGCACCCUGCAGAUGGUUCAUACGCGAGGGUGCGUUUCCAUUUGGUCUGGAUGUCCGCUUUUAACACCAAUUGUUUUGUAUCGUCCUUUUUUUGUCAUCUUUUGCCUUUGUUGUAUGUUUUUUUUUUUUGGUCAUUACAUUUCUGUUUUAUAGCUCUUUAAAAUCCUGCUUUCCAGUGGCUGUGGUUAGUGUAUUUUAUUAUGCCUCCCGCAGUACAGUUAGUCACCCUCUACCCGUCUGGAUCAAAAUGCUCAACCAUGACAAAUCACCCAACACGUAAUG